AUGGCGGCUUGGGGAAGAGGCAAUGCAGCGGGCAGUAAGGCGAUUGUCGCCGGCGCCGCGUUCCUGUGCGUGGCCGCGAUGCUCCUGGCGGCCACCCCCGCGGCCGAGGCGGGGGCGACAACGUACCUUGUCGGCAACGCCGCCGGGUGGACGCGCAACGUCGACUACGGCGGGUGGCUGGCCGGCAAGACCUUCCGCGCCGGCGACGUGCUCGUGUUCAAGUACAACAGCACGUUCCACGACGUGGCGUGGGUGAGCAAGGGCGGGUACAAGAAGUGCAUCGUGUCGCCCAAGGGGUACGCCCCGGUGUACCGCAACGGCUACGACGCGGUGGCGCUGCCCAGGGGCACGCACUACUUCAUCUGCGGCGUGCCGGGACACUGCAGCGCCGGCAUGAAGCUCGCCGUCACCGUCUACUGA